UCGACCGGCUCGAGGGAGAAUCUCUGGAGGCCGAGGAGCGAACCUACCAGGAUUUCCCUCCUCCCGCAGCAGGAGAGGGAGUACAAGUCAGACAACUGCAUUUCAUGGAAAUUGCGGAACAAGCUAGGGGAGUCCUCAACGAAAUUGAGUAUCUCCUCGCCGAACCUGAUGAGGCGAGCAGUCAAGCAAGUCAAGGUUCACGUCAAACCUUAACCGAAACAGAACAGCAAGAACAGCACCAGUCUGUUCUUGAACAUCAGUCAAUUCACAACGAGCAAAUCAAUCAACAUUUCAAUCAACAACAUUACCAGCAAGUCGAUCCACAAUUCAAUCAACAACAUUACCAGCAAGUCGAUCCACAAUUCAAUCAACAACCUUACCAGCAAGUCAAUCAGCAAUUCAAUCAACAAACUUAUCAGCAAGUCAAUCCACAAGUCAAUCAACAACAAUUUCAACAAGUCAAUCAGGAGUUUAAUCAGCAACAAGUAAGUCGUUUCCAGCCAGAUAUUAGGUUGCCCGAACUUCGCUUGGAUCCUUUUAAUGGGGAUCCCAGGAAGUGGCCAACCUUCUGGCAGCUAUUUUCUGCCAACAUUGACCAGCGUCCUAUGGAUAAUAUCAGGAAGAUGAGCUACCUGCUUACCUUCCUCCAGGGCCCUGCCAAGGAGUUAGUCGCGGGUUUCGUUCUUUCGAACGAGAACUAUACGCGAGCUCUCGAUUUGCUUAAAUCUCGGUAUGGAGACAGCAGAGCCAUUACCGAGGCUUUAGAAGCCGAGCUAAUGAAUCUGCACCCCGCCAAUGAGAGUACUUAUUCUCUCCGCGGGUUUGUCGACAACAUAGAACGCAUUUGUCGCCAGCUCGAGGCGUAUGGGCACGUUGAUUCGUCCCCGUUCGUCUCGACCGCUAUUAAAUCUAAGUUACCACAGCAAAUCGUUGCGAAAUUAGUUGAGAAGGAACGUGGUUCUGGAAUACGGUGGAACUGUGCCCAGCUCAGAAAGGAGCUGCGCGAAAUUGUUGAGAUCAAAGAAGAAGUACAACGAUGCUCUACCGUAACCAGAGUCCGGCAGGAAAUAACUAAUCCUCCCGUACAGAGGAACAAGGUAGCCCAGAAGGGAAGACCGCCUGAAUUAACGCGCUCUUUCGGGGCGCCUAUACAGUCAAGACAAGAAAACCGCCGUCUGUUUAGAGGACCGCGCCGUUGUUCAUUGUGCGAUAUUGUCGGCCAUCUUCCGUCACAAUGCCCGAAAUAUCCCACGCCGCAAGAUCGCUUUCGUCGCCUAAGGGCGCAGAACCGAUGUGUUCGUUGCCUAAAUGAAGGUCACACCUCUCGGGAUUGCCACUCUUUUAAAAUAUGUGGACAAUGCCAGGGCGGUCACCACAUGUUAGUCUGUACGAAAGGCCGAGAAGACAAAGGGCCUCAAGCAAAUUAUCGUCAAGUAAAUAAACAGAAACCACAAAAACAAUUUACCCAAAUGGCCGCGACCUCGGAGAAAGGUCCCGCCACAGGUUCAAAUUUGACAGAACCUUCAAUCGACAACGAGAAAGUACAACCAGAGAAAUCAAUUACCGCAAUGGCUUAUUCCCAUCUUCGCAAAAAGCCAACCGCAUAUCUUAUGACAAGAAAGAUUGCGAUUGCCUCACCUAGAGAGCCAAACAAGGAAAUCCCUGCAUUUGUAUUUUUCGAUCCAGGGAGCCAGUUAAGCUACAUUGUAAAGUCAUUAGUGAAAAAAUUACGUCCUCCCCAAAUUGCCCGUGACGAUGUUGAAGUUCACGGCUUUGGCGGGACGUUACGCGAUCCGAUUAGAAUUCGUUCCCCGUCCUAUGCUAUUUCCAUCCAACGAGAGGACGGCGAAUGGGAGGAAGUAGAGCUUAAUUGGACUAAAGAGAUAAGCACUUCAUUCGAAAUGGCCAACUGGGUAGCCGAAAUGCCUACUCAAGUUGCCGAUUUUCCUGAAGUCCAGAAAGCAAUAGAACUUUCGACGGAAGUCCCGGGAAUCAUGCUCGGCACCCGUCAUUUCUGGAAAUAUUUUAUGGGAAGGACUGAAGUCGCCCCAGGGCUCUUUGUCAUUCAAACAGCCUUUGGUCCGGUAGUUGGGGGAGAAUCCGAUAUGAGCCCUCAGGGAGGGAAACUAUCGCAUUCUCUAGCUACCGUAAGCAACGACAGCGUGGACCAAAUGCCUCAAUCCAACACAAUAGAGGAGUUCUGGAAUCUCGAGAGCAUAGGUAUUCGAGAAAAUCCAGCCUCCGACGAUGACCAAGUUGCCAUAAAUCAAUUGAAGAAAUCAAUUACUCAAGAUAAGGAAGGAAGAUAUACCGUAAGCUGGCUAUGGCGCGAACCGAGAGCCCCAUUACCCAGUAAUUACAGAAUGGCCUACAGCCGCCUAUGUUCAACAUACAACAACCUUAAUCGAUCAAAAGAAUUAUUAGAAAAAUACAAUAAAGUCUUCCUUGAUUACCUCAAGCAAGGAAUUAUCGAACCGGCUCAAAAGGACCCGGAAGGCCAAGAACAUUAUCUUGCCCACCACGCGGUCAUUACCCACAAAUUACGUCCAGUAUUCGACGCAAGCGCCCAUCCCCGAGGGCAGCCAUCAUUAAAUGAUUGCCUGCUUCGGGGACCGGUCCUGCUUCCUGAGUUUGUCGGAUUACUUAUCAGAUUCCGCCAACCCAAAUAUGUCGCCAUAUCCGACAUUGAAUCAGCAUUUUUGAUGGUCGGGCUUCACCCUGCCGACCGAGAGGUCGCCAAAUUUUUGUGGGUGAAGGAACUUCAAAAGCCCCCUGUAGGCGAAAACAUUCAGGUUUAUCGUUUCGCCCGGGUGGCCUUUGGCGUUAUAUGUUCCCCCUAUCUUUUAGCGGGAGUUAUUCGCCACCAUCUUGACAAGUACGGCCCAGGAGUUGCCUCCGAACUAGCCAACAGCCUCUACGUAGAUAAUUUACACCUAGGGGCUGAAACCUGGCCCGAACUCCUCGACAAGUGCCGAAGGGCAAAGGAGAUUUUUUCUGACGCAAGCAUGAACUUGCGAGAAUUUUCAUCCAAUUCAUCUAAAUUGAUGAAUGCCAUUCCCGAGAAAGACCGAUUGGACGCACAGGAGCCCAAGGUUCUCGGGAUGAGGUGGAACAUCAAUACAGACAGUCUUAGUUUCCAAUUACCCAACGAACCCAUGAAAAAGAACGUCUCAAGGCGAGCCGUUCUCAGCUCACUAGCCGGCAUAUAUGAUCCGCUAGGCCUAUUGUCCCCCUCCGUCCUCCCAGCAAAGCUUUUCUUUCAGAAGCUCUGGGACGAGGGGCACGACUGGGACAGCCCCCUAUCCGACGAAGAGACAUCCGUUUGGGAAAAAUUUCUCAAGGGGUGGCAACACACAAACAUUUCUCUUCCUCGGAGGGCGCUCUCAAUUACACCUCAAGAAACCGAAAUACACACAUUUGUAGACGCCUCCUCCUGCGCCUAUGCAGCCGCAGUUUACCUUAGAGGGGUAAACAAUGAUUCAAUUUCCACCUCAUUGAUAUUUGCCAAAAAUCGCCUCAAGCCAAAGAAAGGCGGUAAAACACUAACAAUACCAAGAAUGGAAUUAAUUGCUAUUCUUAUCGGAGUCAGAGCUACGGCUUAUGUAAAGAAAGAGAUAGGCGUACCUUUGACUCAAAUCCACCUAUGGAGUGAUUCCCAAAUAGCCCUUUCAUGGGUUAGAUCACCCCAAAGCCAACCAUCCUUUGUCCAAAGGAGGCUUGAUGAAAUAAAGAGACAUACCAACAUAACAUUCCACUAUAUUCGUACCAAUGAAAAUCCAUCCGAUUUAGCGACCAGAGGCCUCACACCCCAAGAGCUAAAUCAGAGCCGACUGUGGUGGUCCGGCCCAGACUGGUUGGAGGAAAGUGCUUCCAGCUGGCCCGAGGACCCCAAUUUCGAGACAUUUAACCUCAAGGAAGCUAUAGGAAGUGAACCCGAAGAAAAUCACAGUGACCAAGUUUUAACUCUCCAAGCCCAGGUUACCUCGCGCGAAAGCCAUCAGCGAUUGAUCCGCUCGAGCUCCUGGGUCAAAUCAAGAAGAAUUAUGUUCUACAUACUCAGGUUCAUCAAUGUUAUACUCGGGAUAAAAGGAGCCCCAACGAUUGGCCUAAAAUCGGUCUCGAAAAAUGGGCCUCCAACAGCCUCGGAUAUCACCUUGGCUGAAAAAUAUUUAAUUAAAUGGGAACAAAAUGAAUGUUCCGAAGAACUUUUAAAAUAUAAACACAUCAUAGAUAAGGAUAAAAUCAUUCGCCUUCAAACCCGGAUGAUUAAUAGUCAAAGCCCUGAGGGCUUGAUCCACCCAAUUCUCCUCCCGAAAAAUUCUGUCGUGGGCAAACUUGUGAUAACUCAUAUUCACAAGGGAUUAUGCCACGCGGGAGUAGAUUGGACGCUUACAGAAUAUCUUAAUCAGUAUUGGCAACCUAAAGCCCGUCAGACGGUGCGCCGUGUUAUUUCAGAUUGUAUGGCCUGUAGGAAAAUGAAUUCCUAUAAAUACGCUUUACCUGAAAUGCCUCCGCUCCCUUCUGACCGGGUUCAACAAAGGCGCCCAUUCCAGUCAAUUGGAAUCGAUUAUGCCGGGCCUACCCUUACCAAAGUCAACGGAGCGCUCGUCAAGUGUUGGCUCGUACUUAUAACCUGCCUUACAACAAGAGCGGUCUAUAUUGAACCAACACUUGAUCUGACCGCAGCCUCCUUCAUAAAUGUCUUCCGCCGUUUUAUUAGCCGGAGAGGCAAGCCGGAAAGAGUUCUCACCGACAACGGAAGAAAUCUCGUUCUCGCUGAGAAAGCAAUUAGCGCCGCCUUAGCACCGCUUUUGGCUGACAGUAAGAUCGAAUGGAAAUUUAUUCCGGCCCUUUCACCAUGGGCCGGAGGCAUUUACGAAAGAUUGAUCGGUUUGGCCAAAACAUGCUUCAGGCGUACACUAGGGAAGCAGAUUCUACCUUAUGACCAGCUUGCCACCUUCGUUGCUGAAGUGGAAGCUGCUCUUAAUUCUAGACCACUUACCCACGUUUCAGAUGGGGAAGGUACUCCGUUACCACUCAGACCAAUAGAUUUCAUUCAACCGGGCUCUAUUCUAAAUUUUGACCCCGCCAAUAAGCCAAAACGACACGAACAUUUACAACCUCACGAACAAUUACUCCUCCACUGGAAAGGGACUCUAGAGAACCUAGACUCCCUCUGGACACGUUGGAGAAAAGAGUAUUUGGUGCUCCUCCGUGACAAUUCCAAAUGGAAUCACGCCGGACCACGCCUUCAGACCAAAUCAUCUCCUGAAGUUGGGGACGUUGUUUUGGUAGAAGACUCUAUGCAACCGAGAAAUACUUGGAUCAUGGCUCGGGUUGAGCAAUUGAACGGCCAACCAGGACCCAUCCGAAGUGUAAAACUUCGCAUGCCAAAUGGUCGAAUUACUACCAGGCCGGUAAAUCGUAUAUACCCACUCGAGGCCGGACCCGAAUCGAAUGACAAAGAAAACAUACAACCAGAUGACUCUGCUGGUUCAGAAACGGAACCACCAGACCCUGGUAUCAAAAUCACUAAAAAGAUAUCACCGUUUGAGGAAGAGGCGGAAGAAGAUCCCCCUCCUCCUACACCAAUACCUACCAAUUUAAGACAAGGAAGGAAUAUUGAUAUUCCUUCAACUACCCCAAAACAUCGAAUGAUUACACGCAGCAAAGCUACAGUAAUGGCUGCUGCAUUAUUUGUCCUUUGCUUCUCCUCAAUACUAUUUUCAACAAUUUCAGCUGUUUCGAUUAUUGAAUGCACUGGUUGUCCUUCUUGUCGAGGAUGCCUAGUCCAUUGCAAUAAUCGAGGAGUACGAAUUUUUGCACCUGAAAAAAUAAGUAAAAUCCAAAUCUGUUGUGCAGAACAUUGUCACUUAUUUCCCGGACAGCCAGAAUUUAAUCACAUUCUGCCCAAGGAAAUGUUAGUGAAUAAUUAUGAGUGCAAGGCAAACUUUUGGGAUACAAAUAGAGAAAAUCCAUAUGAGGUCUCUGCCCAAUGUUCUGCCUUCCACCCCUGUCAAUUAAUAGAUUGCAACUUCUGUCUAGAGCUUUUAUUGAACUCAAGAUGCAAACCGAAAAUGGCAGCCAUUGUUGCCUGCAGCGUUCUCUUUCCCAUUCUCCUUUUACUCAGCUGCCUCUUCGGAGCCAUACAAAAAUUUAUUAAGCCCUUCGGAUUCCUUUUUAAAAUAUUGAGAAAAGCAUUCCGGAGGCAAAGAGAACGUGCAAAAACAAUAAAAAGAAAAUUAAUAAUUAAAGAACCAAUAAGGAAAUUGACCAGAAACAUAAAAGAGGUGAAAAAGAAAGGUAGGGAACUGAGACAAGCUAGCUUAAUGCGUCUCGCACGUUACGGUAUCUUCUCUCUUUUCCUAGCUUCUAACCUUUCACUCGCCAACUCUGAUACUGUAGCUGUAAUAUCACAAUCCGAGAGUUGCCGAGUCAAUAAUGGCACUAGAUUUUGUUCGGUCACCAGCUCAACAACAUUGAGUUUGUUGCCUGCUGGCCAGCCCAAUACUCUCCUAAUAAAAAAUAAAGUUGGAGAAGUAUUAGGAGCUUUGACGUUGACCCUAAAAGCACUAACUCUCGUCUGCAAUCCAAAGACAAUAGCCUACCUAAGAAGUUACCAGAUCAAUACCCGUUCAGUCUGGCGAUGUCCGACUAGCGGCUCUUGUUCAGGAAGCUUCUGCUCACAAGUCGGGCCAAACACGCAUAUCCCCGAACUCGUUGAAAUAAUGGAUAAAGUCGGCACUAGUGGAUGCCUCGAGCCAUCCGCUAUGUGGAGUAAGGGAUGCGGAUUACCUACAGCCAGCUGUCACUUUUACCGCUGGUACGCAGUCCCCAUGUCCCUUGAUGUUUACGAGCUAUUUGAAUGUCCAACAUGGGACUACCACAUAAAAGCAGAUCUCGCGAUUACAGUCAAUGAUAAUGUUCUAGAGGAAUUUUUGACUUUAAUACCGGGACUGACCCAUCACGGAACAAACAUAUCAUUAACACCAAUAGCUGUCUCUAACCCUCCGGCACCAAUUUUAGGCACCUCUUUCCUAACGCAUGGCUUUUCUGUUGCUUUAGGAAAAGAUGUACCUCGAGACUUAAAAUGUCCCGAUCUACCAAGUGCCCGAGGUUUUGGCUGUAGCAUUUCUGAAGAGGCGUGCCGAGACUGUCGCCACGCAAAUGAUACAGUAACGUGUCAAUGCCGAGAGUUUGACGCGGAGGCGAUUCUUGCCGACCCAGAGGCACGUCUCCCCCUCAACAUCGGCCGGCACACCUUCCUAACAGAUGGAGAGCAAGUUUAUGUUGAACAAACUUAUACCCCUAUCCAAAUUCACUUACAAAUGAAAAAUUUCCAACUAAUAUCAGAAAUCACUGAGUCGUCCUGCAAAAUCACUGCCAAGAAUGUUCGAGGUUGCUAUAAGUGCCUUAAGGGCGUCCAAGUAAAUUUUACUUGCACGACUGAUUUUGGCACGGCACUCGCUUAUACCCGAUGUGCCGAUGGCAUUAACUUCGUUACUCGUUGCUCUAAAAACGGAACGGAGGGAAUUGCCGCUUUUACCUACACCAGAUCGAGAAUCGACACUAUUUGUACGACCAAAUGUCCGGGAGGUGACUCGGAAUUUAAUCUCAAAGGAGAGCUGAUGUUUAUCCCUCUCCCGUGGAAAGAAAGAGAGAUAGUACAAUCGAUGUCCGGGCAAAAGACAUCGGUCUGGAAUUUAUCAAAUUUCAGCCCGUACUCACUUUUCCCCGCACUACCAAUUGGAUUUAUCAUAUCUCUUCUCUUUGUUUUAAUUUCUCUUCUAAUUUUGUUCUAUUUCUUCCUCCGGCUUAAAUUAAAAUUUUUUAGAAAAAUUGCGACUCAACUUGUCCCAAUUUUUAUCGCCAUUUUUUUGGCCGGCGGGGAAGGGGCUAUAUGCCCAUUGAAUAAAACAUCGGCCAAACUUCAAAUAAAAAUUUGGCAAAUACAAAAGAAUAAUUGUGUGCAAAUUAAACAUUUAAAAAUGUUUUUCUGUCCAACAUCUGCACAAAUUACACAUUUCACAUCCCUUUUUGAAAAGUUAGCAAAGGCCAAAAAUAAAGCUAACUUUUGUAAUUCUAAAGACGCACUAUGGCGCAUUAUUCAACAAGCGCCUGUCCGUCACAUUAAAUCAAAUAAACAAAAGGAAGUAAAAAUGAAUAAUUGUUUACUUCACAUUAACUUUACCCAUCGAAACACACAGAUGGCUAUCUUUUUCUUCAAUUCUCUGAAAGAUGAAUUGUUUAUUGGAAUGCCAAAAAUUGGCGGUGCACGAAGGAGAAAGAAGGCAAGGCCAUUGGGCCAAAACUUUCUCAUCGCACCGCCCAACAUUCAACCAAAAAAGUUUGGCUUUAUAAAUAGCCAGCAAAGCCAAGAAAAAUCAUUUUCCACUUGGCAGUUUAUUCAAAACUCCCAAGCGACCUUUCCAUCCAUUGCGACUCUAAACCUUUUCCUUUUUCAAGAAAUGCAAGCGCAACCCUGCCUCGUACCCCCCGAGUACGAGCCAGGAUCUACCUAUAGGGAAUAUUUUCUAAAAUGCCAGGAGGUAGGAUACACUCCUGACUGGCCACGGAGAGGACAGACAAUGGCCGAAUACAUUCCCAAAUCCGUCGGGCGCUUUUGGCCCCCGACCUGGACCAAUGACACUCCGCGCCGACGAGCACAGGGUUUGUUGCUCCUCCUUUGGGAGAAUUUGACCUAUAAGGGUAAGAGGCUGCCGCAGGCAGAUCCAAUCCUCAGUCCCCCCGCCUGGAUCACCGAUGUUCAGCCGGGGCAGACUGUUGAGGAUUUUUUCCGGGAUAAGGGUCAGCCACUGGAGUAUCCCGAACUCCCGUGCCUGGUCCUGAAGGGAGGAGUUCGAGGCUCCUCCAGGCAGAGUAGGCAGAGGGUCCGUGCGGUUGGCCACUCUUGCUGGAAAGCAGGCCAACUCCACGAAGAAUACUUACCCCUGGAGCUCUUGAUAUACACCCCGGUUGAAUACCCGGAACCGAGGAUUGGACAUUCCGCCACAGGGCGCAAUAUUCGACCCUCUUCUAGGGUCGGGAGUUCGUCAACCACACAACCACCACCGGCUCGGAAUCCUCGAGAGCCCGAGGUGAUAAGAGAGGAGGGGAAUGAGGAAGCCCUAAAGAUUAUAAUCCCUCGUGCGUGGCGCCCCAUUAAAUCCAUCUCAAUUAUUUUUGCUAUAAUUGCUUUGGCUUUUGCUCUAGGCGCGGACACUGUCCCCGCUCAAGAAUUUAACGGUUUUUUACUUUGUCCUUUCUUUCGCGCUCCGUGUUGUUUCUUGCCCUUUGUUAACAACAAUUACUUACUAAUUUCUAGUAUGCCUAAACGUUCCAGCUCUGCUACUGUCAAGGAACAACGAAUUAUUAAAAAAGCUCGUGAGAGUGCCUUUAUUGCAACAUUUGGAAAACCUCAAAGUAUUGAGGACCAAGAAGAAAUGGACCGUUUGGUUAAUUCAAUGGAAGAGAUUCCACGUCCAGACAACAAUACAAAAUUCAUCGAAAGCAAUAAGGACUCGCAGAGUCCAAAAACAGCGCUAAUUGUUAAUCCAGAAGAGGAUUUUUCUGCUUCAAUUUUACCUUUGACAACACAAAUAGAAAAUGAAAAUAAACAACAACAGCAGCAACAAAACCAACCACCUCCAAUUCCUUUAACGACAUCCACCCAGCCGCCAUUACAAUAUAAAUUGGCAACAGCACUUGCUCCCACUCAAUCAUCACAAAUGGAAGGGCAAGUUACGAUUGGAAGCGGAGGAGGUAUAAGUGAAAACCCUGAAAAUCCCCCAAAAUCCAUUUAUACAGAUUGCAGCCUCGAGGAGCGCAUAUCAAAUGCCCUCCUUACCUGCAUCAGUAAAUUGACUGAAAAGGCCGUGGCUAUUCCGCCACCAGCUUCUACCUCUCAAAUUUAUGGUGCGCCAACAUCAAUGCCGUCCGUUAAACAACCGACCGCUUUCCCACCUCCGGAGGUUAAGGGUGCGAUUCCUCGACCUAUCCCAUUGUCUCGCGUUGGAGAAACGGACCAUGGGGAAGUAGGCCCUCGAGGUGAUCCUCGUCGCCCUACUCCUUAUGCUCGGGAAGCUGCUGGGGGCCGGCCUGUUCGCCCGGCCCUCGGUCGUUCACCACUGGUCGACCAACACCUCCGAACUCUGCGUAUCCAGGCAGAACAACUUAAUCGAUCAGUUGGCCGAGCUCUUGCAGAUUUGGAACAAGAAAAAUUAGAAGAGCCAAUCCAUGAUUUUUUGGCAAUAGAGGGAGGAAUUACACGUGUUUUGAAAUCCAUUCGUACCACCAUUUCUCGCCUUCCCCCUCGCUAA